UGAUGCAUUACAGAGGAUGACACCCGUCAAUCACACUGAUGUGCAUGAGUUCAUUCUUUUGGGGCUGACCACCCACCCAGACCUCCAGGUCCCCCUUUUCAUGGCUUUCCUGGCCAUGUACAUGGUGACCCUUUUGGGGAACUUUGGGAUCAUUGUAUUGUUCAGGACUAAUCUUCACCUUCACACCCCCAUGUACUAUUUCCUCAGCCACUUGGCUUUUGUCGACAUCUGCUACUCCUCCGUCAUCAUCCCCAGAAUGCUGGUGCAGAUUUUGACGCUGGAGAAAACUAUCAGCUUCUCGGGGUGUGCAGCCCAGCUCUGCUUCUUUGUCACUUUUGGGGUCACCGAGUGCCUCUUGCUGGCUGUGAUGGCCUAUGACAGGUACGUGGCCAUCUGCAAACCCCUCCUGUACCCCACCAUCAUGUGUGGAUGGAUGUGCUGGUGGCUUGUGGCUGGUUCCUAUGCUGUUGGUGUCUUCCAUGCGGUGACCCACACCACUUUCAUCUGUACCUUCUCCUUCUGCCACUCCAAUGUUAUCAACCACUACUUCUGUGACGUUGCCCCACUCUUAGCUCUCUCCUGCUCCAACACCCUGGAGGGGAGGAUGACACCCGUCAAUCACACUGAUGUGCAUGAGUUCAUUCUUUUGGGGCUGACCACCCACCCAGACCUCCAGGUCUCCCUUUUCAUGGCUUUCCUGGCCAUGUACAUGGCGACCCUUUUGGGGAACUUUGGGAUCAUUGUAUUGUUCAGGACUAAUCUUCACCUUCACACCCCCAUGUACUAUUUCCUCAGCCACUUGGCUUUUGUCGACAUCUGCUACUCCUCCGUCAUCAUCCCCAGAAUGCUGGUGCAGAUUUUGACGCUGGAGAAAACUAUCAGCUUCUCGGGGUGUGCAGCCCAGCUCUGCUUCUUUGUCACUUUUGGGGUCACCGAGUGCCUCUUGCUGGCUGUGAUGGCCUAUGACAGGUACGUGGCCAUCUGCAAACCCCUCCUGUACCCCACCAUCAUGUGUGGAUGGAUGUGCUGGUGGCUUGUGGCUGGUUCCUAUGCUGUUGGUGUCUUCCAUGCGGUGACCCACACCACUUUCAUCUGUACCUUCUCCUUCUGCCACUCCAAUGUUAUCAACCACUACUUCUGUGACGUUGCCCCACUCUUAGCUCUCUCCUGCUCCAACACCCUGGAGGGGGUCAUCCUUGCUCUCGUCAGCAUGAACUGUCUCAGCACCAUGACCAUCAUCUUUAUCUCCUAUGCUUACAUCCUCCCCUCUGUCCUGAGGAUCCGCUCAAAGGAGGGCAGGAGAAAAGCCUUCUCCACUUGCACAUCCCACCUGAUGGUCCUCACCACGUUCUAUGGGGCAAUCUUGUUCAUGUACCUGUGCCCCAGCUCCACCUUUGCCUUGGAUGAGAACAAAACAGCCACGGUGCUCUACACCAUCAUGACCCCCAUGUUGAACCCCUUGAUCUCCAGCCUGAGGAACAGGGAGGUGAAGGCUGCCCUCCUGAGAGCAGUUGGGAGAAGGCAGUGA